CUUGGAACCUGUUCCUCUGCUUCCUGGCCCCGCUUGUGCGCUGGAGGGAAGGCCAGGCCAGAGGCCCAGCCUGCCAUGGCCUCGGCCCUGGGCCCACCCCGGGCCCCCAAGCCCAAGUGCGCCCUGCCCUCACACUACCAUGAGAGCUUUCUGGAGAAGAAGGGACCCCGGGUCUGUGCCUCUCCAGGGCCCGAGUUUUUCUUCCUGGAGGAUCUCAGUGAUUACAAGAAGUUCUGGGCCGGCCUCCAGGGCCUCACUCUCUAUUUCUACAAGAGCAACAGGGACUCCCAGCACGUGGAGAAGAUAGACCUCGGUGCCUCUGUGAAAGUCACAGAUGAAGCUCCCUGCGGGAGCUCCCAUGACCCUGGUAUACAUUUCAACCUCUUCGUCCGGAACCAGGAGAUCAAAUUCAGGGUGGAGAGCCUGGAGUCUCGGGAGAUGUGGAAAGGCUUCAUCCUGACAGUGGUGGAGCUCCGUGUCCCGUCCAACCUCACUCUGCUGCCCGGACACCUGUACAUGAUGGCCGAGGCCUUGGCCAAAGAGGAGGCGCGUCGCGCGCUGGAGAUGCCCUCGUGCUUCAUGAAGGUGAGCCGGCUGGAGGCGCAGCUGCUGCUGGAGCGCUACCCCGAGUGCGGGAACCUGCUGCUGCGACCCAGCGGGGACGGCAAGGACUGCGUGUCCGUCUCCACGCGCCAGACGCUCAGCGGGACGCCGCUGGUCCGCCACUACAAGGUGAAGCGCGAGGGCCCGAAGUACGUGAUCGACGUGGAGGAGCCGGUCUCCUGCGCCUCGCUCCAAGCCGUGGUCAACUAUUUCGUGUUGCAAACCAAGAAUGCGCUGGUGCCCUUCCUCCUGGACGAGGACUACGAGAAGGUGCUAGGCUACGUGGAGGCGGAUAAAGAGAACGGCGAGAGUGUGUGGGUAGCACCCUUGGCUCCCGCGGUCCUCUGCCCAGGUGCUGCAGCCCCUGCCGGUGGCCCCAAGCAGCCACCUCCUGUGCCCAGACAGCACAAGCUGCCCCCGCUACUGAACCCGGAUGAGAACUAUGUGAUCCCCAUUGGAGAUGCCCCAGUUGCCGAAUAUGAGAACACGGAUGCACUUUCGCCGGGCUGGCCCAAGCAGUGUCACCCAGCCCAAAAGGUUCAGGCAAAGCUUCCAAAGCCACCCAUGGCACCUAAGCCAGAGCCCAAAUGCCUUGCCAGCGGCCUUGCCAAGAAACUGGCCAUCAGCUCAGCACAGGCUGCCUUCCCCACAACAGGGUUGGCCAACGUGACAGCAGAGCUGGAAGAGAAACUGCAGAGGCGGCGGGCACUGGAACACUCAGCCGAGCACCCUGGGGAUUAGCGGGCCAGACUCGGAGCAUCAGUCCGACGGAUCCCUCCCCCCAGAAUUAAAGUUCAAGUGACCCAAGG